AGAAUCAUUUAGUUUCUGCUUGGAGAGAAUCAGAGACUCGCUGAACGAUUCAGUUGGAGGAAGAUCUGGAUCAUUUCCAGCUUCACUUCAUUCACUGAUAAAAAGAAAAACGGAAGAAUGAGAAUGACAACCGGAAAUCUGACUAGAAUCACUUGACUGGUAUUUGGACGAGGUCAAUAAUGUUGGGGACAUUAGAAAUGUCCUCGCAGCGUUAAGGGACUCAGCAGGGAACCAUAUCCGUUCAGGUCCCCACAGACAGAAAAACAGGUGAAUGUGUAUUUGUUUAAGUGUGUGUGUGUGUGUGUGUGUGUGUGUGUGUGUGUGUGUGUGUGUGUGUGUGUGUGUGUGUGAUUUUCCUGUUUUUGUAAGGCCCGGUUCGGUUCCGGUUCUUUAACUGAAGACAUUUCUUCAUCUUGAGGACAGUGUCCAUCAGGGGGCCAAGCGGACCGGACCGGACCGGGCCGGGCCAGAGGCGGAAGGCCCGAACUAAUCGGUCCACCUUAAAUGUGCGCGUGUGGGCGUCACGUGACCGUGUUCCUGGAAAGUUCCUGGAAACCUGCGGUGUUGUUGUUUAUGGAGCUCCGGACCGCCGCGCCGCUCCACUCGGAACCGGGACCUGGAACUCUGGGUUCGGUGGUUCUGCUGCUGGGAGCUGUGUGACGGACCACCCGGUUCUGAUCCACCUUCAGCCCCUCGUGGGUCGGCUGCAACCGCCAUUAGUGGUUCUAGAGCCGGAGCAGGUUCGGAAGCGUCCGGACCCAGUCUGCAGGUGUGGACCCGGUUCUGCUGGCAUGACGGAGGAUUGGCGGCGGAGGAUCCGAAGCUGUUAGCGGGCGGCUGGAUCGGAACCUCUCCGGCAGGUGGGUCCAGUUUGGCACCAGGUGGUACCAGGAGGGCGGUUCUCCAGCUUCUUGUGGAUAAAAAAACCCAAACAUGAAAAGUCUGAAUCCAAAGCUAAAAGAAGGAGGCUUCCUGUUGGUGUUUGUUGGAAAAACUUCUCCAGACCAGUCGGGACCUGUAGGGAUCCAGUCGGGAUCUGUUGGGAUCCGGUCAGGACCUGUUGGGAUCCACUUGGGACCUGUUGGGAUCCAGUCCGGACCUGUUGAGAUCCAGUCGGGAUCUGUUGGGAUCCACUUGGGACCUGUUGGGAUCCAGUCCGGACCUGUUGAGAUCCAGUCGGGAUCUGUUGGGAUCCAGUCGGGCUCUGUUGGGAUCCAGUUGGGACCUGUUGGGUUCCCGUUGGGCUCUGUUGGGAUCCAGUUGGAAUCUCUGCUGCAGGAAGUGUUGCCGCCUCACUCAGCAGCCGCUCACAUCCCACCAACCUUUCCAGGUUUUCCGAGUUGCAGGCUGAAGGUUGGAUCUGUCCGAUGACCUGCCAGUCCUCCGAAUCCCAGGAAGCCAUUGAGGACGCCAGAGGAGCCGACGACGGCGCCGGGACCGAGGAGUCGGACGAGAGCCGCGUGGCCUCGGCCAUGAAGGAGCUCAGGAAGACAGGUUGGUACUGGGGCGGCCUGACGGCCAACGAGGCCAAAGAGAUCCUGCAGGACUCGUCGGAGGGCAGCUUCCUGCUGCGGGACAGCUCCCAGAGGGACUUCCUGUUCACCAUCUCCGCCAUGACGUCCGCCGGCCCCACCAAUCUGCGCAUCGAGUUCCGGCACGGGAAGUUCAAACUGGACUCUGUGGUUCUGGUGAAGCCCAAGCUGAAGCAGUUCGACAGCGUGGUCCACCUGGUGGAGCACUACGUCCAGCUGUCCCGGACCGGCGGCCGGGCCUCGCCGGCGCCGCCGGGCCCCAACGGCACCGUGCAGCUGCUCCUCACCAGGCCCGUGUACGCCGCCGUCCCGUCGCUGCAGCACCUGUGUCGGAUCGGCAUCAACCGGUCGGCCCGGCGGGUCCAGGACUUGCCCAUCCCCAACCGACUGAAGGACUACCUGACAGACUACGCCUACGGCGUCUAGAGGUCGCCCAUCUGAGUCCGGCGGCGUCCGGACCGGCCGUGUGUCUCCGCACGGAGCCGCCGCGGUUCCUUCUCUCUUCUCCAUGGUAACGGGAAGCAGAGUUGUUCUAGAACCAGAACCUGAACAGAUGGACCGACGGAUCGGUCGUUUCAACUGAAACCCAAAGAGAAGCGGGUUGGAGACCGGCCAGAACCGGCCGGAACCGCCUGCUCAGGUUGGUGAGAAUAUUUAUUGCUGUUCCUCUGAUGGAGAAACGUUCCUGAUCGGUACCAGGCCCGGUUCUGAUGGAGCCCAGAGUAUCGUCUCUGUCUCCUACUGAACCGGGUCUCAGCAGAACCAAACAGCUGCUUUGGUUCUGCUCACAACGUGAUUUCCUGUGAAAAUGUUUCUGGAAGCUGAUUGGUUGCAGCUCUGAUCACUUCCUGUUUCCCAGAAUUCCUUCAGUACGGCUCAGGAUCACACCAGAACCAGAACCAGAACCAGAUUGAAAAAUAUUCUCAGACUUUAAGAGGUUAUUUUUCAUGUAUGUUACCAUGGUAACUAGUUCAUCUAAUUUUCAAUUUCUUUUGUUUUUUUUUCAUCAAAUUUCCGUUUGCAGACAUUAAAAUUAGUGAGAAUAUUUUUCAUACUGUCUUUAUAUUUACUGGUUGAAACUCACAGGAUUUCUGAACCAGAGUCGGUUCUGUUCGGUUCUGUUCGGUCCGGUUCUGAUCAAAUCUGAAGCAGAACAUUAAAGUGAGGGAAGCAGGAAGCGUGUGGCUAUUUUUUCUGAAGCCGGUUCUGUUGGAUCUCUGGAAACUUGCUGAACUCCGUCCAGAACCCAGUGGCCCGGUAAACAGCAGGGACGGAGCGAUCCGAUUGGCUGACGGCCGGCUGUGACGCCGUUUGGCUCUCAUUGACGUAAACAGUCGUGUCGAUGGUGACGAGCGGCGGAGAGGUUGCUUUGACCCCUUCAGGCUUCGGUAGACUUUGAACCUGUAGUACUGUGGAGCUGUGAGCCAAUCAGAUUACAGGAAAACAUCAAGCAUUGAGCUGUUGUCUGUUCCUACUUGACCUCUGACCUGCUGGUGAAUUUUACACCCUGAUUUCUACAGAAACAGUUGAAUUUGAGUUUCAUCUGAAGGCAGCAGAGAAAAACUCUCAUGUUUGGAAAAGAUUCAAAACAUGAGUCGGCUAAAUUAUUGAGCUUUCAGAAAGUUAUUAGAAGUCGGUGAUAAAUAAUUUGUCAUAGUUUGAUAAACGUGGAGCGUCACGAAGGGCUGGAGAUCAAAACGGUUCAGGUUUUUUCCAUCAGAAGUUUUCAACUAAAAAAAGAUGAAGAUGAAGUUGGAAUGACUUCCUGUCGCUUGCUAUCAGGGUUUUAUUUUUCUUGGAUUGUUCAUUUUUAAAGAUUAUAAAUGAUUGACUGAAUGGCGGUGAGCUCCUUAUAAAAUAAUCUGUGCUUUUAAAAACUCAACGAUUUGCUGACGCCAUUCCUGGAGAAGAGAAGGAGCCCGGAUCCAGCCCUGAGGAACACCACGGAUAAUCGCUGCCAGGAAUUAAACCAUAAAACAUCCUGGACCUGAUUUGAGAUCCGAGCCGGUCCAGAGCUCUGGGCUCAAGAUUCAGUUUGCUCCAGAUCAGGAUGAUUGUCAUGGUGACGCAGCUAAAUCCACUCUGUUCAGGAAUAUUUAUUAAAUAUUAUCUCUGUCCCACGAUCGAAUGAUCAAACAGAUGAAAUAUUAAAAGCCCAGAGCCUGGGAUGGAUUAGAAUGAUUUGAAGUCUGAUAAACGACCAACAGACUUUCAGACAAAAGUUCACUUGUUCAGUAAAAAAACAAAAAGUUAUUUACAAUAAAGUUUAAUUAAACCAAAGAGCAGAGGGACGUUUUGAUUUUGAAUAUCAGUUUGUUUUUAAUAAAGAGUGUGCUGGUCUUUCCUGAUUGGCCCCCACCUGUCUUUAAGCUCCUCCCACCUCCUGGAUGAAAUUGGAUAAAAGCGAGUCUCUGGAAACCAGGUGACAUUUUCAGGAUUUUACAGUUAAAUUUAAAUGUCUGCUUAAGAUUUUUUCUUCAGAUAAAUAUAAAAUCUACUUUUUUUUAUUAAGUUAAUUAAAAAUGUAUUUCAAGUCCUAAAUAGAAACGUUCAUCUAUCCUGAAGAAUGAGGUUCUGAUGUGUUACUGAUUCAUCUGGAGCUGCAGCGCCGCCUGCUGGAAGUUCAACUUUUACAUGUUUGACUAUCAGCUUCUCUUCACCUGUUUAAUAAGCAGCUGUUAUUAGCUAUAAAUAGGAAAAUAGAAAAACUGUUUUAAUCUUAAAUACCAUCUUAUUUACAUUAUUAAAUAUAUUUAAUCCUUUAUUCCUAUGUACGCCCUAGCUGAACUUUUAGCACAUUUCAAUAGUUUAAGUAGAUUAAAUAUUCAAACAAUUUAUGUAGUUUUUACCUCCAAAAAGUCUUCAUUUGAAAAUUCAACUUUAUGAGUUUAUUUACUAAAAUGAUCCCUCCGCAGAAAGUAGUCCGUCUACUAUUUACAUACCUCAUGUAAAUAGUUUCUGUGUUGAAUGUAAGCCGAUUUAGUCAAUCCAU